ACGAGUACCCAAUGCAUUUUCAUUUAAGUUUUCACUGUACAUAUAUUUUUGCCAGAUCCAAGUGAGGGCAACAUUAUUUUUUGGUUAGCUGAUAAUAAAAUCUGGGUCUUGUACUUUAUGUAUGAUCAUUAUGUAGUUUAGCUUAAAUAAAGACAUAAGAACAAUUUAACAAGAACAGGUCACUAAACCCAACAUUUCUCACACCUCCUGUAUGAUUGAUAUUUGUGGAGUAACACCAGGUACCUUAGGUUAAAUCAAGGUUUAAACUGUGUGUUUAAAGGAAAUAGUAAUUGACAAAAACAACAUUGUAAUUAUCAGCAUAAGCAAUUUCUUUGUAGGUAUAUGUUACUGAGAAACUUGAUUUCGAAGGAUCUCCAUGAAGAUUUGGUCUUUGAAUCAAUAACCUGAAUUUAGGAACAACUGGGCUGAACUGGUUCAGACGGAAUGAAACAAUCCAUAUUUCCAUGAUGAGUCUUGGCUCAGGUGAUUUAAAAUCAAAGGCAGGGCUGAACGGCAAGAGUGCUACAAAGUUUUCAAACACCAGUAUGGACACUCUGGCAAUGACAGCAGUGGCGCUGCAAGAUCAUAUCUCAAGGAGUGUCCAGCUGUCCUUUACAGAUCCUUCAAAAAGGAAUCUCAGAAAUACAAGAGAUAAGAAGAAUUUCAGAGAUUGUCAAGUAAAGCCUAGAGUGGACAGCGGACUGAAAAUAAAAACUGUGACUAAGAACAGAGAUGACACACAGGAGGAAGAAUAUGUUCUUGAUCCAAAUCCCCCACGUUUAACUUUAGCUCAAAGGAUGGGCCUUGUGGAAGCCCCGGCAAUGCCCCUCACUGCAGACGAGUGGUACAAGGUCAAGGAGAGGUCUAUCCGAGAAGGAGACUUGUCUCAGCCAUGUGCCAUUUGUAAAGAGGACUUGGGUCUACAACAACAGGUCCUUCUUUCCUGUUCUCACGUUUUUCAUAGGGUUUGUUUACAAGCUUUUGAACGAUUUUCACAGAAAAAAUCCUGUCCCAUGUGUAGAAUGGAACAGUACCAGUCAAGGAUUAUACACGAUGGAACCUUUCUCUACAAAAUAAAGUGUGCGACAAGAAUUCAAGCAUACUGGCGUGGAUAUGUUAUUCGAAAAUGGUAUAGGCACAUAAGAAAAACAAUUCCUCCCAAAGAUAAAAACUUAAGAAGAAAAUUCUUUGAAGAAAAGUUACAUGAACUAAAUCAGAAUUUCUUAAGGAUGUGUGAUUCCAAUGUUGACAACUUCAUCUCUGAAAUCGAUAAUUCCGUGGCACUAAGUAGGUCCAUUAUUCAGCAAUAUGAAGACAAGUACAGGUUUAAAAUCUCUGAAGAGCAAUGGGAUGAGAUACAGAAAAAGGCAGUUCUCAGAGAAACUCUCGACUGUCCAAUCUGCAUCACUCCACUUAGCUGUUUUGGAAGCCUCACUAGUCCACCAUCAGCAAACAAAGGCACUGAAAUACGUCAAAUUGUCCUUUUGUCUUGUACACACGUCUUUCACCACAAGUGCCUUCAGGCUUUUGAAGACUUCUCUGAAGAGCAAGUGCCUGUCUGCCCUUUGUGCAGAUCUUCAUACCAGAAAAAGGUCUUUUAAUGAAGUCAGAAUUAUUUUCUAAAAUGAUGGAAGAAUCACAAAAGUUGCUUUCACCUUCCAAAAAACUGAUACAGAGCAAUUUCAUUUUGAUUUUUGUAGUUAUUCUAAACUGUAAUCUUUAUAAUGCAAAAGAGGUAGAAAUGUCAGCAUAUGUGAACUUCACCUCCAACAUAUGCAAACAUGAGGCUAUAACAAGUUGCUUUCCUCCUGCGGUGUAAGAACAAAAAAGUUUGUUUUUUUCCUGAAGUCAGGUUCAUUUAACCAGCAGACAUACCACCUGUGCUUCAGAGCAGGUCAUCCACCGAAGCGAAGCAUGUUUGGGCCUGGCCAGUCCUUGAAUGGGAGACCAUCUAGGAA